CUGAAUGCGAACCAUGCCAUGCUCUAGUGCUCGAUCAAACGCUCCAUAUCUUUGACCGUCAACUGGGGACGCAUUGAACACUUGGAGAAGCGCGUCUGGUGCCCACACUUGUGCACCGUAAGAUAAUACCGCACGCACCUGAGCGUUAAAGCACCGCAUAGCUACCGCAGGGACCAUAAGCCCCUUCUUGCGUAACUUCCGUCGUAGUGCAUGCAUAGCUCGCUCACCCGAUGCACGUAACUCUUUGCAACAUAGAAGACAAUUUGGGAACAGUCUCUUUCCCUGCCAUUUUGCCGCGCGGAUCAGCCCAUGGCAGGGUUCUCAGCAGCUGGGCUGUCCAAGUUGAGCUUCACGUUGCAGUUUGACUUUAUAUAUGUGAGAUACGGAUAACGGUGGUCACAAAGCUUGUGUUGAGAGGGCGGACUGCAGAACUUUCCACUGGUUGCUGACCGGGCCUCGCGAGGUUUCUUUCUGGCAUAGAGUAUACGUGUACUAUAAUCUGUCACUCAAUUAAGUCAAGAACGCAGAACUACUGCUCCGCGUUGCUUCUCGACUCGGCCCCGGCCCCCGCCGGGCUGUAGGCAUCAAAAGCUGUUGCUAAGAGGACCAAACAGCUGGUAAAGAUGUAUAGCAACGGUUAUGUGGGCACCGGCGAGGAUGUGCAGCGCAUCCGGCGCAUGGAGAAGCAGCGCGAGGAACAGAAGAAGAAAUAUGAGCAGAUGCACAAGCAGACGAAAGACCAAGCGGAUGCGGCGGGACUCAGGCAAUUCGGCGCAUCCACUGAGGAGGCGCUAGAGCACGCGUUCAAGAACGAGACGGUGGGCCUGGUCACAAAGGCGGAGUUCAUCCAGAAGCGCACUACGCUGCAGGAGCGUAUGGAGGAGGAGCAGCGGCGAAAGGUGGAGGCGGACGAGGACGCGGCGAACAAGGAGCGAGAGAAGCGGAAACGGGAGAAGGAGUUGAGAAAGCCCAAGCUCAGCUUCUUUGCUGACGAGGAGCAGGAGGGCGAGGAGGACGAGGAGGAUGCCCGGCCGCCUGUGAAGCCGGCCUUCAAGCUCCCUGCGCUGGCGCGGGUAGCGGCGGCGGCGCAGCCACCCGAGCCAGCGGCGGACAACGGCGCGGCCGCACGGUCAGGCAGCGAGGAGCCGGCGGGCAGCGAGGGCGGCAACGGCAGCGACGGCGGCAACGGUUUGUCGAAGAAGCAGCGCAAGUUCGGGAAAUUCGGCAAGGACCCAACCGUGACCACCGACUUCCUACCCGACAAGGACCGGGAGCGGCUGGAGCUGGAGAUGCGGGCGCAGCUGCGCAAGGAGUGGCAGCUGGCGCAGGACGUGAUCAAGGCCGAGCCGCUCACCAUCACCUACUCCUACUGGAACGGCACAGGACACCGCCGCAACGUGUCCGUCAAGAAGGGCGACUCCAUCGGCGGCUUCCUCAAGGCCGUGCGCGAGCAGCUGGCGCCCGAGUUCCGCGAGCUGCGGCACGUGGGCAUCGACAACCUCAUGUACAUCAAGGAAGAUUUGAUCAUGCCGCACCACCACACCUUCUACGAGCUCAUCAUCAGCAAGGCGCGAGGCAAGUCGGGCCCGCUGUUUGACUUCACGGUCAAGGACGACAUUCGCAUUACCAACGACGCCACUCAGGAGAAGCAGGACACACACGCCGGCAAGGUGGUGGAGCGCCACUGGUACGACAAGAACAAGCACAUCUUCCCCGCCAGCCGCUGGGAGAUUUACGAUCCCGAGAAGAAGUACGGCGAGUAUACCAUCUACGGCUGAGGGCCCUGAAUUCUUGAUGGGCGGAGGCGGAGACGGACGCUGCGGCUGGAGAGGGUGUAGCGAGGGUGUAGAGGGUAUGGAGCUUGGGUACGGAGUGAUGGGUACGGUGCGAUGGGACAGGCAAAGGGGCAGGUUGGUGUAGUCCCGUGGUGUGCAGUAUAUUCCCAGACUCCAAUAUUCAAUAAGCAAGUUGCAACACCAAAUCGUGGUGGCUUACGGUGGCGUACCGCGUACGGUGGCGUAUUGCGAAGUUGGGUGGGGCUGGCGUGUGGCUUCGGCACGCCCGGGCCUUGAGAGCGUGGCAGCUGCAGCCAGCAGGCGGAGGCCACGUUCGCGCAGGGCGACCCCCGGGUCCUACCUUGGCCUUGUUUAUUAAAUAUAUCACAUGCC